CAAAUGUCAUUCGAUAAUCACUUUCGCGAUCAACAAGAUUUGGUUCGUUGGAUUGAAAAUAAACUUGGCUCUAACGAGUUAUGGGGAGGAAAACAGGCUUCUUUUGUGUUAACGCGAGAUAUUCUUAUUGAAUUAGAGACAUGCUUUCAAGAAUUGGAGCCCCAUAUAAAAUUGAAGAUUAUCCAAGCUAUGGUUCAUAUUUCGCCAAAGACUUUACAAGCGUGGAAAGAACCACUUUUUAAUUUGCUGGAAGUAGCUAGGCGAGAUCCUGAUGAUUGGGUGGAGACUGUUGCUGACAUUUUCCGCAAUUUCCCAGAUGAAGGUCUAAUCCAAUGUUCUUCAAAGACUGAUUCUUUCUUUAAUCGAACACAAUUAGAACUUGAGAGAAUUGUGGCUGAAAAAGUUUGUUCAACUAAUAAUGAUUUUAUUGUGAAAUUGCCUCCAGAUUUGGAAUUAAUUCCUCAAUCAUUGCUUAAAUCGGAAACAUCUGAAAACAAAAUUAUAAAACAUUUUGAACAUAGAGAAAGGACAACAAUAACAAAAUCUGCAAAAUUAUUGGAAGAUGUGAAGAAAUCUGCCGAACAGCAACAUAAUCCUUCAAGCAAAAAGAAUCAUGGACUUAUUUCUUCAUUUCCUAUUAAAAUUAGAAGUACUGCUAAACGUUUGGACAAUUCUUUGCCAAUGAAAGGGAUUCCCUCAACUGCGAGUGCAUUAAAGAUGUCUGGAGGUUUUACAAAUGAAUCAAAGAAGUACCAUCAACGGACGCUUUUAAAAAGGACCGGUGGUGCAAUGCUUCUGGACAUUGACGAUUUACCUAAACAAAGUAGAAGGAGACGAAAUGUUGAAACAAUAACUUUGAAGAAAGAGGAACAGAAAGAGCAAUCUCCUAGUAAAAAUUCGCUGAUUAAAAAUAAAAGUGAACAAAAUGACCAAAAUGCCAACGGUUCUUUGAUUGUAGAGACUGGGGAGUCAACACCUGUACAGGCUUCUUUUGCAUCAGAAUCUAUAUCGGAAAAUCCGCAGCAAAUGACUUCAUGUUUAUUAGACAGCAGUCAAAAUUUAGACGCUCAUCAACUUUUAACAAAUACAAAUUUAAUGUUUCCACCAAUCUCAAUGCCGUCAAUGUUACCAAUUCAACCCGCAAUUAAUAUGGAACAAAAUACCGCUUUAUCUUCUGCUGGAAGUAGUUCAACAUCUCAAAAUCAACAUCUCAUUUACCCGCAACCAAUAGGACAAAUGAUGGUUGCAAAUCCUUUUGAAAAUAUUCCAACCACGAAUUUGGCCGCACUCCAACAAUUUGAGAGUAUGUUAAAAGAUGCAAAUAAACUUACACUGUCCAGCUAUAAUUUAAUUAUUUCCUUCCUUAUCGGGAAUAAACAUAAUCCUUUUGAAAAAGAUAUUGGACCGUUAAUUACGCUUCCAUUCUCAGAAACUGUUGAAUUUGAACCAUUAGCCAGUGGAGUAGGCGUAGAAGCAAUUCUUGUCGAAACUUUCUUUCAAAUGGAUUAUCGAACAGGUGAAUGGAAAAGGCUAAAAAAUUCUCGAGCACUCAAACCAGAAGAAUUAAAUCAGAGGAAAGAUCAACUUUUUGGUGUUAAUAAACAAUUUAAUGAACAGACUCUUAUAAAUGGCCAGUGUGAUAAUUUACAACAAAUGCCAAUGUUUUUUCAACCAAACUCUCAAUAAAUCAUUGUAUUGUACAGGGAUUUUUAUUUAUAAAUUAUACAUAUGUUUCCUUAUUCCUGCAUCUCCCCUCGCUUAUAUUAGAAGGAUCUUAUUUAAAAUUCAUCAAAAACAACCAAAAAAAAUUAUUAUAUUCUC